AUGACUCUCGCACCCCGCGUUGAAGUAUACACGCAGCUCGCAUGUCGAGCCAUCCACGGGAACGAUCCAGUCAAUCCUAACGCCACCUCCCUGUACUUCUCUCCUUCCUACGAAUACGACGGAUACAAUACCACCAAGACUCAUGAUGAAGAUUACGACUAUGACUAUACCACGAUCUCACUUCCAUCGCGUGGGAUCGUCGAUGCGGAUGCCUUAGACGCUUGUAAAGGCGAUCCUCGAGUCCAAGGGAGGGCGGCGAGGAUUCAGGCCUCGGUUAAGACCACGGAGAGCAUCCUCAGCGCCGCCACGACAGGUUGGCUGAGCCAUUUGAGCGACGUGUAUGGACGGAAGAAGGUACUGGCGUUCUCGGUAUUUGGAGCAUUGUUCAUGGACAUCAUCUACAUCAUGGUUCUGGAGGCAAAGUAUGCUUUCGCUGAGCACGGGGAGGCGUUCAUCAUCAUUGCACCUGUCAUCGAAGGUUUCCUCGGCGCUCAAUCGACCUAUAACGGUCUCGUCCAUGCUUAUGCGACAGACUGCACGCCAAACGGCUCCCGCGCCCGCAUUUUCUCCACAAUGCAAGGCAUGCUCUACGUAGGUCUCGCCUCCGGACCCUGGCUCAACGGGCUCAUCCUGCACCUCGGAUCAGGAAGCACGACUCGAACACUCUUCGUAGCCGCCAUCAUCAUCGCACUCAUCAAUCUCUCCUUUGUCUCCUUCGUCCUCCCCGAGUCACUACCCCCGUCUUCUAGACUGAAGGAAGGUUCUAGGGACAGCAGAUCGGAAUCGGUUUCGUCCGGGAUGACGUCGGAGAGCGCGAGUACCAGGUCGUCUAUUCACCACGGACAUAGACGCGGGCAUGGAGGAAGAGGAGGGAGAGGGAGGAGGAGGAGGAGUGUGGUGGGUGCGGUGAAGGGCCUGGCGAAGUAUGUGGCGAGACAGUUUUGGAGGCCUGUUAGGCUGUUUUUGCCGCAUUGGGUGGAGGCGGGGAAUGGGAAGAAGGGGAGGUGGGAUUGGAAUUUGACGUUGGUUGGGAUCACGCUGUUUAUCUAUUUGUUGUCGAUCCAAGUGUAUAACUUGAAGUAUCUGUAUGUUCGGCAUGUGUACAACUGGUCCAGCGAGACGCUCGGAUAUUACAUGUCGUGGCUCUGGAUCACCCGUGCAGUGAACCUCUUGCUCAUCCUCCCAACCGUCCUGAGCUACUUUGCCCCUUCUCGCGAUCCUGACGUCUCCCAAGCGACCUUCCUGGCGCGCUCCCUCGCUUUCGACCGCAUCGUCACUUCAAUCUCUUUCUUCACCGACGCCACGGCCAAUCUGCUCGUCUCCAUCACGCCUACUUCGUCGCAACCGCUCUUCAUCCUCUUCACAUCGUUGAAUUCGUUGACGAGUGGUGGAAAUCCCGCGUUACAUAGUUUGGGUGCCGGGACGUUGAUCGCUAUCGGCAAAGGCGCGGAAGUAGGCUUGGUCUUCGGUGCGAUGGGUCUAAUCAACGCUGUCGCCCAUGUCGUCGCUCCGGGUAUUUACGCAGCGAUCUACGGCGCCACAGUGGCCACAUUCCCAAAAGCCAUCUUCGCCAUGUCCUCCGUCCUGCUCUACACCGCCGUCGUCAUGCUCCUCCUCAUCCGACCGCACGUCGAGGCCAUAAAGACGGUCGAAGAUGGUUCGAACGAUCCGACGGACCUCAACGAGGAGGAGACGUCCGCCCUGGGCGUCGAGAACGCGUUCGCUCCCUCCGGAUCGGGAUCUGGCCAGAACCUCGCGAGUCCGAGCGUGCAUGGUAAAAACUCGUUGGGGCGGAAGAGCCUCAGUCUUUAUUCCCAUUCUCGGGAUGUGUCGUUGUCGCCUUAUAGGGACAGGGGAGGAGAGAGACUGAAUAGUCCGAGCAUUGUGGUCGAUGAUCAGAGCGAUGCGGAGGUUGAGAGUCCUCUGAGUCCGAAUAGUGGAAAUACUGGUGGAGGGGUGAGGAGAGAGAGAUCGAGAGGGACGGGGAGGGGGAGGAGGAGGAGGAGGAGGGAGAGCGAGCUUGAGGGGUUGAGCUUGCAUGGGCAGGAAGGGGAGGAUGCGGAGAUUGUGGCGGAUAGGAGGAGGAGUUCGAUGAUUAGGCUUUCGAUGGGUGAGGAGAUGCAGGCGGGGGUGUGA